GAGCGUCUAGGUCACGUUCCGCCACACAUUCACAGAAAUAGAAGAAGACGUGCGGCAGUUUUGCUGAUUGAUGAGCUGAGCUCUCCGACUCUACUAAUCAUCUUUACAUUCAAAUAUUUCUGACAGGGUUUUACCUCCACAGUUCCAUCUGAUCCGUUGUGGGUGUAUUUGAGGAGGUUAACUGCGUUCUGCUGUAAAGAUCAAGAUUUGAGGGGUGUCCCGUCUCCUCCUGUUGUCCUCUUUCCAACACAUCAUAACUUAACCUCCACAAGAAUAUCAAGCAUUUCAACUAUGAUGAAGUCAGAAGAGAUUAAAUGUGAGGAUCUGGAACCUGUGGAGAGCUGCAGUAGUGAACAAAUCUCUGAUACUUUCCACUCUAAGAGCUCUCGCAGACGAGUGCGGGAAAAAAAUCAGCACUGCUCAGUGUGUGGAAAGAGUUUCGAUCGAGAGAGUUUACUCAGAAAGCAUCAGCGGGUUCACACUGGAGAGAAGCCGUAUCAAUGCUCACAUUGUGGGAAGAGCUUCAGGCAAAAGAGUCAUGUCAAAACUCACGAGCGCAUGCACACAGGAGAGAAACCAUUUCAGUGCUCGGAGUGUGGGAAGAAGUUUAGCUGGCAUUGUCACCUCCAGCGACACCAGCGCAUCCACGCAAAAGAGAAGCCGUUUCAAUGCUCAGAGUGUGGGAAGAAGUUUGCCUGUCAGGGAGACCUCCAGCAACACCGGCGCAAUCACACAAAAGAGAAGCCGUAUCAAUGCUCAGAGUGUGGGAAGAAGUUUAUUUGGCAGAGUCACUUCCAGCGACACGAGCGCAUUCACACAGGAGAGAAGCCGCAUCGAUGCUUAGAGUGUGGGAAGAAGUUUACUUGCCAGAGAGACCUUCAGCGACACCAGCGUAUCCACACUGGAGAGAAACCGUAUCAGUGCUCAUAUUGUGAGAAGAGCUUUAAUGAGACAUGUAUUCUCAUGAAUCAUCUCAGAGUUCAUACAGGAGAUAAGCCGUAUCACUGCUCACAGUGUGGCAUGAGUUUUACGCAAAGGAGUCAUCUCCAAAGACACCAACGCAUUCACACUGGAGAGAAACCAUUUCAAUGCUCAGAGUGUGGGAAGAGUUUUACAGGAAAGGGUCAUCUGCAAGAUCACCAGCGCGUUCACACUGGAGAGAAACCAUUUCACUGCCUAGAGUGUGGGAAGAGUUUUAAGCGAAAAGCUAAUCUCAAACUGCAUCAACGCAUUCACACUGGAGAGAAACCGUAUCAGUGCCUAGACUGUGGGAAGAGUUUUAGUCAAGAGGGCACUCUCCAAGUACACCAACGCAUUCACACUGGAGAGAAACCGUAUUACUGCUCACUGUGUGGAAAGAAUUUUACUAGCGCGAGUCAUCUCCGAAAACACCAACGUACUCAUACAGGAGAGAAACCGUAUCACUGUUCACAGUGUGGAAAGAAUUUUACUAGCGCGAGUCAUCUCCGAAAACACCACCGUGUUCAUACGGGAGAGAAACCGUAUCACUGUUCACAGUGUGGAAAGAAUUAUACUAGUGCAAGUCAUCUCCGAAAACACCAGCGCAUUCACACAAGAGAGAAAACCUUAAUAUGUUCAUUGUGUGGAAAGAGUUUCAGCCGAAAUAGUUGUCUCAGACAGCAUCAGCAGACUCACACAGGAGAGAAGCCGUAUCAGUGCUCCCAAUGUGGGAAGAGCUUCAGUCAAAAGAGUUAUGUCAAACAACACCAGCUUGUUCAUACAGGCGAGAAGCCCUAUCGAUGUUCAGAGUGCGGGAAGAAGUUUAUGUGCCAGAGUUACCUCCAGCGACACCAGCGCAUUCACGCAGGAGAGAAACCACAUCAGUGUCCACAUUGUGAGAAGAGAUUUAGUUUGACGCACCUUCUCAUAAAUCACCUCCGAGUUCAUACAGGAGAGAAACCGUAUCAGUGCUCAGAAUGUGGCAUGAGUUUUACACAGAGGAGUAAUCUCAGAACACACCAACACAUUCACACAGGAGAUAAAUCCUAUAACUGCCUAGAGUGUGGGAAGAGUUUUAAUCGAGAGGACACUCUCCAAAAACACCAACGUGUUCACACAGGAGAUAAGCCAUAUAACUGUCUGGACUGUGGGAAGAGUUUUAAUCGAGAGGACACACUCCAAAAACAUCAACGCAUUCAUACAGGAGAGAAACCGUAUACCUGCCUGGACUGUGGGAAGAGUUUUACACAAAAGUCUACUCUACAAAUACACCAACGCGUUCACACUGGAGAUAAACCGUAUUACUGCCCACUGUGUGCAAAGAAUUUUACUACUCUGGGUAAUCUCCGAAAACACCAGCGCGUUCACACUGGAGAGAAAACCGGACUGCUCGGAGAGUGGGAAGAGUUGUAGGACACAAGGAAAUUUACAUCAACAAAAUGACAUCUACUCAGCUGAGAAUGGGGACAUAUUCAAUUUUCAUUAGAAAGUGUGGAAAUGAACUCGUUUUAUUGUAAAUGUUUAUUUUGAGUCAAAUCGGAUCAUUUAACUCUUCUGUUGGAAUGUUUUUAUAUUCCUUGCUAUGUACUCGAGGGGUCAGUGGGGUUUAUCACUAUGAAACUAUGAAUUUUAGAGUGUGUGGAAAGUAAAAGGUAGGCCUGUGUGAUAUUACUAUUUGACUUUUAGUAAUGUUAGCAUUUAUUAAAAAAUGUAAAAUAUCAACAUUGUAUUUCGUUGAUAUCUGUGUGCGGGGCGCCUGCCCAAUGAGUGUCUAUGCAGGUCCUUAACCUUUUGAAAAGCAGGUGACUUGAGGCUGCUCUCUAAUUGGCUUGCGUCAGAUUUUCCUCGGAGUGCAGCUCAGUGCAGUACAGACACUUUUGCUGUUAGCAAAUCAGUAUUUUUAUAUUUUUUGACCUCAUAUGAUUGGACUGUUCUCAAUGACUCCCUUUCCCAAUCAACAGCUUGACCAUCACAUAGCAAGAGAUAACGUAUGUGCAACAUUUCUUCCAGAGGAACGAAAAUUCGGGUUUAUCUUUACAAAAAAACCCUUACACAAGGUUUUCAAAUGAAGACAGAAAAGGAUAAAGGAGCUUGGACCAGAUCGACCCAACUUACAAACUCAGCAGCAGUCAAGUGAUCGCAAAAGAGCUUACACUAGUUAUAGCAAACGGAGUUGUCUAACUGGAUGCCAUGCAAGUCAUGCAUUUUAUUGUUUUCCUUGUUUGCUGUUUCAAUGUCCUGAGACCGAAACAUACGAGACUUAAAACAUGUUUCUGAAAAAUGCAAACAUCACGAAAGUCGCCGCAGCCAUCCUGAAAAUGCUAUGAGGUUACAGUUUUUUGGAAGCUUAAGUAGGGCCUACCACUUUUUAACAGCACCUGGCCAUUGUUUAUGCAAUAUUACAGUGUUGUUUUUUUGAGUGAUUACCUUGAGUACUUUAUUACUGAUAAUAAACCCACAUUAAACUCAAA